AUGACUGCCGAUAUGGAGACCCAAGGAGAGUAUGAUGACGGUGGUUUGACCGGCCCUGGGGCUCCUACCCCGCUCUCUGCUCUGGAGGGUAUGGCUGGCUUGACUGCUCGAGAUAUCAAGCUGUUUGUCGAUGCUGGAUACCACACUGUCGAGAGGGUUGCGUUCACACCGAAGCGCCAGCUGGAGCAGAUUAAGGGUAUUUCAGAGCAAAAAGCUAGCAAGAUCUUGGCCGAGGCUAACAAACUUGUUCCCCUCGGCUUCACAACUGCGACCGAGAUGCACGCCCGACGAAGCGAGCUUAUCUCCAUUACAACCGGAUCCAAACAACUAGACACUCUGCUUGGCGGUGGCAUCGAAACCGGGUCGAUCACGGAGAUCUUUGGAGAAUUCAGAACGGGAAAGAGUCAGAUUUGCCAUACUCUUGCUGUGACUUGCCAAUUGCCCUUUGAUAUGGGUGGAGGCGAGGGCAAGUGUCUCUACAUCGAUACAGAGGGAACCUUCCGACCGGUUCGACUCCUGGCAGUUGCCCAGCGAUACGGACUCGUUGGGGAGGAAGUUCUCGACAACGUGGCCUAUGCUCGAGCUUACAAUUCCGACCACCAGCUGCAACUGCUUAAUCAGGCUUCACAGAUGAUGUGUGAGACUCGAUUCUCGCUCCUUAUUGUGGACUCGGCGACCUCGCUUUACCGUACAGACUUCAAUGGCCGUGGUGAGCUUGCAUCACGGCAGACUCAUCUUGCAAAGUUCUUGCGCACGUUGCAGCAUCUCGCAGAUGAGUUCGGCAUUGCGGUCGUUAUCACCAACCAGGUUGUCGCCCAGGUCGACGGCGGCCCCAGUGCUAUGUUCAAUCCCGACCCUAAGAAGCCUAUUGGAGGUAACAUCAUUGCCCACGCUAGUACAACACGGCUGAGCUUGAAGAAGGGUCGUGGCGAGACUCGUAUUUGCAAGAUCUACGACAGCCCUUGCCUGCCCGAAAGCGACUGUCUCUUUGCUAUCAAUGAAGAUGGCAUUGGUGAUCCUAGUGAGAAGGAUCUGGAGAAGGAUUAA